AUGGGGUCCAGAAGAUACGAUUCGAGAACAACCAUUUUCUCGCCAGAGGGAAGAUUAUACCAGGUUGAAUACGCUUUAGAAUCCAUUUCACAUGCUGGUACUGCGAUUGGUAUCAUGACUGAACAAGGUAUUGUAUUAGCAGCUGAAAGAAAAGUGACAUCGAAACUAUUAGAACAAGAUACUUCAAGUGAGAAAUUGUACAAGUUGAACGAUAAUAUUACGGUUGCAGUAGCUGGGUUAACUGCAGAUGCUGAGAUUCUAAUAAAUACAGCCAGAGUACAGGCUCAGAGCUAUUUGAAGACGUAUAAUGAGGAAAUACCUGUUGAAAUGUUAGUAAGAAGGUUAUCCGAUUUGAAGCAAGGGUAUACUCAGCAUGGUGGUUUGAGACCAUUUGGUGUUUCGUUCAUUUAUGCUGGUUAUGAUGACAGAUACGGGUACCAGUUGUAUACCUCGAACCCAUCUGGUAACUAUUCCGGUUGGAAAGCCAUCUCUGUUGGUGCCAACACACAAGCUGCUCAAACUUUACUACAAAUGGAUUAUAAAGACGAUAUCACUCUGGAUGGGGCCAUCGAACUAGCCCUAAAGACUCUAUCUAAGACUACAGAUUCAAGUGUGUUGACCCACGAAAGAUUAGAAUUCGCUACCAUCAGCAAGGAUGCCGAGGGGAAGAUAUACCAGAAGAUCUAUAAACCAACAGAGAUCGCUACACUAUUGGAAAAAACCGAAAUAGUAAAGAAGGAUGAUGAUUAA